UCGCGGUCACUCUCGAACCGAGCAUUUCUCAGUUUUAAGUUACCGCCCCCUCAAGAUGGUGAAAAGUUUUCUGAUCUUGAGCUUUUUCGCUCUCCUGUUCAUCCAGGUUCAGUGUGAUCUGACCGAUGACCAAGAACAUGCCCAACAUCCCCGUCUGCAAUCAUCACGCGACUUCGAGGCCCUCGACGAGGAACUGGAAACACGAUUCUGGCACGAUAAGGCCCAAUCGAUUUUGGCCGAUAAGCUUGCCACCCAUAAAAAACUUAACGAAAAUCGAGCCAAGAACGUGAUCCUAUUUUUGGGCGAUGGCAUGUCCAUCCAUACGAUUGCAGCCACACGUGCUUUUAUGGGCGAUAGCAACAAGCAGGUCUUCUUCGAGAAAUUCCCCUAUUUGGGUCUGUCCAAAACUUAUGCCGUGAAUGAGCGUACUCCGGACUCGGCCAACACAGCUACGGCCUAUUUAACUGGAGUCAAGGCCAACUAUGGUACCCUUGGAGUCAACGCGCAGGUCCAAAGAGGCGAUUGUGUCACAAAUUCUAGUAAUCAUGUCGAAAGCAUUGGUAAAUGGGCCCAGGACGCCGGCAAGUGGGCAGGUAUUGUGACCACCGCCAGAGUGACACAUGCUUCUCCAGCUGGUGUUUAUGCUCAUGUGGCGGAGAGGGAAUGGGAGCACGAUGGUGAGAUCAUUAGCUCCAACUGCAGUCCCGAAAUCAACACGGAUGUUGCCCGUCAGCUGGUGGAAUGGCCAGUGGGCCAAGAACUUCGUGUUAUAAUGGGCGGUGGUCGGUCGUACUUCCGUGAUCAGUCCCAGCCCGAUGAGAUUGGAGUUGCGGGUCUGCGAUCCGAUGGUCGCGAUCUGAUCAAGGAUUGGCAGGAGAUCAAGAAACAACAAGGAGCGGAAGGCAAAUAUGUCUGGUCCCUUAAGGGUCUUAGGGAUACAGAUAUUAGCAAGACCGAUUAUCUUUUGGGACUCUUUGACACUUCCCAUCUGCCCUACCAUGGUGAUCGUCGCCGAACCCAUUACGAGGAGGCAGAACCAUCUCUUUCUGACAUGACAGAAGCAGCCAUAAACUUGCUCAGUAAGAAUGACGAGGGUUACUUCCUGUUCGUUGAGAGCGGCAGAAUUGAUAUGGCCCAUCAUGCCACCAAGGCGAAGAAGGCUCUGGAAGAUACUCAAGAAUUCGCGGCAGCCGUGGAAUUGGCCAGGAAAAUGACCAAUGAGGAGGAUACUUUGAUUGUCGUGACCUCGGAUCACUCGCACACCAUGUCUAUUAAUGGCUAUCCGUACCGUCGUCAGAACAUCCUGUCCCUGGCUCCCAACCUCGCUGAUGACGAACUGCCUUUUACCGUCCUGUCUUAUGCCAAUGGUCCAGGAUUUACCGAUACCUACAACUCGGAAGACGGACGUAUUGAUCUUUCCCAUGUGAACACUCUGAACGAAGAGUUUGCUUUCCAGGCCACGGUUCCCUUGAGCAGUGAAACUCAUGGCGCCGAAGAUGUGGGUGUCUUUGCUUCUGGUCCCUUCGAGCACCUUUUCACUGGAAAUUACGAACAGAGUUCCAUUCCUGCCAUGAUGGCCUAUGCAGCCAACAUUGGACCUUUCGCUAAGGAUAAGCUUAAUGAAUAAUAAAGUCCCGAUUAAAGUU